AUGGAGAUAAACCCGAUCAUCGCCGAGAUUUGGACGCUGUGUGCCAUUGCGACUUUGCUGAUUGCCGCCAGGGUCUUUUGCCGGGCCAGGCUUGUUGGUGUCGCUGGUUUUCGACCAGAUGACUACCUCGUAUUCUUAGCAUGGGCCCUUUACACGUCCGUGUGCGUCAUGGCGACACUUUUCACUCUCGUGUCGCAAGGUCGGCAUACGUCGCUACUGACACCCGAACAACGGCGGACGAUGCCGGAAUCGGAGUUCUAUCUAUGGGAAUAUGGAUCGAAGAACUUCGUUGCUGGCAUGUGCAUCUACGUAUCGAUCGUGUGGACGUUGAAGUUUCACAUGCUGUUCUUCUAUCGACGAUUGGUCGCGGGGCAAUGGGUAGAAAAGUUCAUCUUCCCGGUGAUGGGUCUUGUGGGCGCGACAGCAAUUGCGAUAGUCUUCAUCAUUGCCUUGACAUGCCGGCCCAUCUCUAAGAUGUGGCAGAUCCGACCAGACCCCGGAGAAAAUUGCGUCCCACAGAACAAAGUCUAUUUCUUCAGCAUCCUCUCAAUGAAUGUGGUAACUGACCUUUGUAUAAUUGCAAUUCCUAUACCGGUUCUCAGUCUGGUUCGAGCUUCUGUCUGGCGUAAAAUUGGAGUAUACUUUCUCUUCGGACUCGGAGUCUUCUGUAUAAUGGCAGCUAUAAUCCGUGUGGUUCUGAUAUUUCACCCCACCGGACAAUUUGGUCCGGGCGCUAUGUGGUCUCUCCGAGAAGAUUUCGUCGCGAUCUUUGUUGGACAGGCCCCAAUGAUAGUGCCGCUUUUCAAAAAGAAAUUUUGGACACAGAAGGGGUAUCGGUAUACACCAAAGUCGAGCCAAAGAUCUGAUGGUAUUGAGAUGAGUAGCGGAGCGUCAAAUCCCAACAAAAAACCUCGGGAUCCUUUCAGUCUCACUCAGCUGGGGUUUACACACAUCACAAACCUGACACGAGCAACGCAGAACACACAGACCGAUGUCACGGCAGUUGCUAAGCACAGUUCAGAAGCGCUUGCAGUAACAGAAGAAGAGGCUGCCGAACCAUCCCAAGACGGUAUUGCCAUUCAGAGCAUUGUGGGUGGGAUCGAACAUGGAACCAAAGACAGCCUCGAGAUCUCUGUUGUACCUGUUGUCACAAAAUCAGACGCCGCGGGAACAGUUGACGGGAAGAACGGAUAGUGUCUUGAGGACUCAACAAAUUGAUAUCGCUGAGCCAGAUGUUCGUGAUGAAGUAGAAAGAAAAAAAAGCCCAAAAAAGUCACAAGCGCAUCAUGAAAAAUAACUAUCAUUUUAGAAGCUGGGAAACAUUAGCUGGGCGAUUAGACGCCCACAUGGAACUUCACC